UACAGUCAGUGUCCAGAGAGCUGCAGUUUGUCACUGACAUUUUCAUGGCUUCUGUCCUCUUCCUUCUCCUCCUCCUCGAAUUUUUCACCAGGUUCCCAGGUAACAACUGUGUAAGAACAUUUAAAGGGAUAACAGUACAGAGAGGAAGAUCUGUCACCAUCCCAUGUUUCUAUGAAGAGAAGUAUAAACACCAUGUGAAAUACUGGUGUAGGGAGUACAGUUGGUUGUCCUGUAGUAUCAUGGUACGCACUGACUCAGCACAGAGUAAAGGUGAGGUGUCCAUCACUGAUGAUUGGGACCAGCUGGUCUUCACUGUGACCAUGAGGAACUUACAGAUGAAGGACACUGGGUGGUACUGGUGUGGAGUGGAGAUUGAUGGAGGCGCGGUGUACUCUGAACAUCUGUACUUCACAGUAACUUCAGUUAUUCAGGGUUUGUGGACUGAGAGCUUGUUCUCUGCAGAGGGAGGAGGAUCUGUCACCAUCCCAUGUUUCUAUGAGUACAAAUACAGAAACCAUGUGAAAUACUGGUGUAAAGGGUACACUUGGCCAUACUGUACUACCAUGGUACGCAGUGAUUUAGCAGAGACUGAAGGUGACGUGUCCAUCACUGAUGACCCUGACCGACUGGUCUUCACUGUGACCAUGAGGAACGUACAGGAGAAGGACAUUGACUGGUACUGGUGUGGAGUGGAGAUUGAUGGUAAAUUGGUUGACUCCGCAUCUCUGUAUUUAACAGUAAACGCAGUUUCCCUAUUUCACUGUCCAGAAACUGGUGUCUCCUCAACACAAAACUGCCCGUCCACACUGUUCAUCGUUCUGCCGUUAGUCUCCCUUCUUUUUGUCCUCUCGGUGGCUUUUGUCACGACGCUCCGCUUCCUGCGGAACAAACCCAAGGAAACACAGACUGCGAACGGAGAUGAAGAGAAGAGAUGGAGCCGCACUUUACUGAAAGACCAUGGAGAAGAAGUGACUUACAGCAUUGUGGUUCACAAGAAACCAGAGGCAUAGAGAGGAGUAAAUAAGCUCGUGAGUUGAGUAAAGAAGAGGUUGUGACCACAAACCUCAGGACCCUGACUGCCAUCACCCAAGUGUCGCAUCAUUUUCUCAUCCCUUCUGAACACCAACCCUCAUCACUGCUGCUCUGUGGUUAUCUGCACAAAACAUUGAACAAACCAUACUCUGGCGGCGGAAGCAUUUCUUUUUCAGUGAAAACAAUGACUUUUAUAUCCUCAGAUGAGCCAUUUUACUCUAUAUUUUCAUCGGCUCACUGCCAGGUUAGCUCUGGAUGUUUUCAAGUUCAUAUCAAGACAAUGAGAUGCACACAACAAGAGGGGUAAUGUCGUGCAAAGAGGAAACAAAACGGAAAGUUGGCAUUACGACACUGUGUCAGUGGAGGGUUGGACGUAUUUCCACGUGUACAUAAGGCAGGAUGCAAAAGGAGCUUUAAACACCUUCAAGAAUAGCAGCUGUACAUCAUGAAUUCUGGAUGAAAUGUAAUAAACCAUCAGCUGGUCACCUCUCUUUGUACCCUGUGCUGAGAAGACAGUCUUCUCGUGCUGCAUGUCCUCAUACAGGAGCCAGUUUUCAGAAAUGUACUCAUCAGAGAAGGGUUUAAAUACGUAAAUAAAUACGUGCAUCCUAUCAAAUUCCAUAGAGAACAUGAGUGAAUUCAUCCAUCGCCACCUAUGAUGAAUAUUAAUCUGACAUCAGUGGUCAGCAGGUUUUCAGUUCAGAUCCAAAUGAACUGGAAUGAUGUCCCUUCCUCUCUGCUAACCCAUCUGCUCCAUGAGUUUUCACAACAUUAUUUGUAUAAAAACAGAAAAAAAAAC